CACUGUGUGUUGGACGGCUCGGCAAUUUUUCUAUGUUUGUGUGUGUUUUUUGUUUGUAUUUUUUUUUUGCCAUAAAUUUUCGGUAUUUUGUUCUGUGUUUUAUAUUCUGGUCAUUUUGUUUAUUAUAUUUUCAAAACAAUCAUUCGAUUUACUAAAGUAUGGCUUAUCAACGACCAUACGGUAAUUAUCCUCCACCGCCAAAUUAUCAUCAAGGACCACCACCUGGUAUGUCUCAACAUCAACAACAACCACCACCUCCAAAUCAAUUUGGUGGAAAUUCCGGUAGUGUAACUCAAACACAACAUCAACCACCUCCUCAAUAUAAUCGUAAUGUUUGGAAUCAUCCGCCUGGUAUGGCAGGACUUCCUCCUCAUCAUGGACAACCACAUCCACAAUCAAACAUAAGUCCAUGGAUCAAUCAGAAUAUGCCACCACAUAUGAAUGGAUCACCAUUUCGCGGAUUCCCACCAUCACCGGUACAACAAUAUCCAAUGGAUCGAAAUCAUAUAAAACAUUCACCAAACAUGCGAAUGAGUCAGGGAAAUAAACGUCAGGCCGAUUGGAAUUCAAGUUCACAGCAAAAUCAUCAUCAUCAAAAUAAUAACAAACGUAAUCGCCCUAGUAAUGUCAACAACAAUGCAUCAAACAAUAAGAAUAAUAAUGUUCAGAAUCAGAAUAAUAACAUUAAACAACAGCAAAGUCCAAGCAAACAGAACACUUCAAACAAUAACCAAAACAACAACAAGAAUAAUCAACAACAAAAUCGUAAUAAACAAUGGGUCAAUUAUAAUAGCCCAAAAAAUCGUUAUAGUUUUAAUAAUAAAAAACGUAUGAAUAAUAAUAAUGUAAAAUCAAAUCAGAAGCAGCAAAACAAUGCCAACAAAAAGAAAGAGUUAUCUAUUGUCGAUGUCGAUGGUAGUGAACAAAAACAACAGAAUGAAGAUCAUAGUGAACAAAUUGAAAAGUAUUUCCAGAAUGUGACCGGAUUAAUUUGCAAUCUUUGCAAUGUAUUUCUUCGAAAUGUUCAAGAUGCAAAUGUACACUGUAAAAACAAUGCCGAUCAUAAAACAAAAGUAGAAUUAGAAAUAAAAAAACAACAAGAAGAGGAAAAAAAGAAACUAAUGGAAGAAGAGAAGAAAAAGAAGGAAGAAGCUGAAACUAAAACGGAAGCUAAUGAAUCUACAAAUGAACCGACUAACGCAUCUGAAACACCGACAACAUCUGAUGCUUCAGCUACUGUCGCUAGUGGUAGCGGUGAUCAGGAAACUACCGAUGUUCAAAAUGAAUCAUCAGUGAAUGUCGAAUCAUCUGCAACGGAACCAGAAAACGCAACAGCUGUUGUAGUAAAUACAACGUCUGAAGAUAAAACAGCCGAAACGACCACUACAUCUACUAAUGAUGAAGAUGAAACGGAAUCAGCCGAAGCAUCAUCGACUACUAAUGUCGAAUCAAAAGCAGAUGAAGAUGCCGUUAUGGCAGAACAGCCUGAACCACUGCAGCAACAAAUGACCCGUGGUGGACGUGGCGGUGGCCGCGGUUAUCGGGCUCGUGGUGGUCGUCGUGGUAGGGGGAGAAGAUAAGCAAACUUCUGUCAAUGAAAAUUUGAUCAUCGAUUCAUGUACCUUAGAUCAUCUGGAACAUAUAUUGACCAUAUUUAAGUCUUUAUUUCAACAUGUGAAUUGGGUUUAGUAUCGACCAUCUUUUUCAUUAUCAUUGUCAUUAGAAACACUAUAAUUUUUCAAAUUUUAGUUUGAUAUUGUAUUUUCGGCGCUUAGAUCGCACACACCUACACACAAACACAGACACACAAUACAUACAUUACUUUAUGUGUUAGUAAUUUUUUUUUUAUUUUAGACAAUUACAUUUGUCCUUAUUGCUUCAUCAACAUUUUUAAUCAAAUUAAUGAUGUAUCCAUUACCUAUCAUUAAUUAUUUGAGAAUUUUUCCUUUAUAAUCUAUCAAAAGAAUCUUGUAUUACAAUUUAUUAUUCGAUACUCAAACAGAAACAAGAAAAUGGAAUAACAAUCUCAGAAACAAAAAAAACAGAUUUCACAUGGAAAUAUAUAUCUUCAUCAACAAUUUUUUUUUUGUCACCCAUUAUAUUUGCCGCUCUAUAACUAAUUUAUCUAUUAAUGUAUAUCAUAUUGAUGGGAAGAUUUUUAAUUUUUAAUUCAAUAAAAAAAGUUUUUUUU